AUGGAUAGUUCAAAUGAGGCAGCAAGUAUUGUUAGAUGUGAUCCGGACAAUACUGUGGAAAGAUUGUUCAUUUUUAUUCAUUCAGAAAAUGCGAAUGAAGUGCUACAAAUAUUGAACAAUAAAGAAGUUUCACUUGACGUAGUAGAUAAGACUGGGAUGUCACUUUUAGACCAAGCCAGUUGGUCUGGUCUUGCAGAUGUUGUUCAAUUUUUGUUGGCAAAUGGCGUUAAUCCUAAUAGAUGCGAUCAUGAUUCAGGCUAUAAAUCUCUUAUGUUUGCUGCAAUUGCUGGACAUCAAGAAAUCUGUCAACUGCUCUUAGAUUAUGGUGCACAUGCAUUUUCAACAAAUUCUGUUGGCAAAACAGCAGCAGAAAUGGCGGCUUUUGUCGGACAACAUGAGUGUGUCAGUAUUAUCAAUAGCUAUGUAGAAAUGGAUGAAAUUGAAAAGUUAUUACAUCCUAAGGGAAAUGAUAGCGAUGAAGUUUAUCCGAAGGAAUUCUCGCAAGCACUACAUGAUCUGAUUAAAACUCAUCUCAUACAUCCUGUCUGGGUCAUGUUUUUUAUACGCGAUCAUUACGAUAUAAUAUGGCCGUAUCAUCUAAAGUUUUGUUAUGUAUUAGACAGGGUUUUCGAAAGGCAAUUGCGAUGCAAGCAAUCCAAUGAGGUUAUGUCACUGAAAUUAUGGUUAGUUUUAUACACUGUGCGCGAUGUAUUCAAAUUUUUGGAAGGAAUGCAAGAUAUAAAAAAGUAUAAUGCAAAAGCGUUAAUUAAAAGUUAUGCAAAACAACUGUUGAAAAUGGAACGAAGUGAUCAGAUACGACCGAAUUUUGAACGCUAUUUGAGAAGUGCUGUUCAGGCAUUUCCAUAUCAUCACUGCUUACUUUUUCAAACCCUCGUUAAAAAUCUCGCGGCGGUAAAAUUUGGGAAUCUACCGGAUGCAUUUCACAUCAUAAUGGUAGUCUUUUCGGGGCAGCGAAUGGUAGAAACAUCUCAUUUUUGUGCAACAUGUGGUGCUAUCACUUAUACAAAACGCUGCUGCAAUAAUGUAUACUAUUGCCAUUCUGAAUGCCAAAGGUUAGAUUGGUCUAAUCAUAAAAUGUUUUGCAACAAAUUUAACAAUGGAAAACAAAAUGGAAAUUGUAUGGAGUCGAAGGAAAAUAUUGAUAUGAAAUCACUGGAGCAAAACACGAGUAGAAAUAAUGAAAUCAUUGCGGCAUUAGCUAAUGUUGAUCUGGCAUCGAGCUGUAUUGCUGCUUUGAUGUUUGUGGAAAUAGUUGACCCCAUUUCGGGAAAGCGAACUUGGAAAGUUGCCGAUGAGGAUUAUGAUUUGGCCCAAGAAAUUGCUCGCAGUGCUUAUGGUGACAUGGUCCAUGAUUUUGAAAGAAAUCAGAAAUACGAACUUGCUCUGAGAUCAGUGAUCAGUGAGCUUAAAAGAAAAGAAAAAAGAGUUCACGUCGUUGAUAUUGGUGCUGGUACUGGAUUACUUUCAAUGAUGGCAAUGCGAUCUGGUGCUGACUGUGUUACGGCCAUUGAAAUGAUGAAACCAAUCGCAACUUGUGCAGAAAAAAUCAUCAUGAAAAACGGUUAUGAGGGGAAGAUACGCUUGGUCGCUUCACGAUCCACGGAACUCAUGAAUGAAGAAUUAAAUACUUUUGAAAAAGGACACAUUAUUGUUUCUGAAGUAUUCGACACUGAGUUGAUUGGAGAAGGUGCACUGCGUACUUUCAAAGAAGCACAUGAAAAGUUGGCCAAACCUGGCUGUAGAGUUGUUCCAUCAUCGGCUCGAACAUACAUUGUCCCUGUACAAAGUGAUUUUCUCUCGCGUUUUCAUAAAUUUUCUUUUCGCGGUUUUAAAAUUCCAGAACCUAAUAAAUGUUGCCCAGGCACAGGAGCAGUGCAUGACAUACAACUAUCGGAAGUUCCCAUGGAUAAAAUUACCUUGCUUACUUCGCCUUUCAUAACUUUUAGUUUUAAUUUUGAAGAUGGACCGUCUAUUAAAUACCGGGAAACAGUUAUCAAAACUUUCACUGCUCAAACAGAUGGCACGUUGGAAGCAAUUUUAAUGUGGUGGGAACUCGAUAUGGAUGGCAAGGGAACAAUUAUAUUAAGCACUGCUCCAAAAUGGUGGAAUAGUGAGGCAAAAUGGAGAGAUCAUUGGAUGCAAGGUGUUUACUAUCCUUCUAAACGUAUUAAAGUUCGAAAGAAUCAGUUAAUUUCGCUCUCGUGUUCACACGACGAAUUCUCUUUUCGGUUUGAUAUUUAUCAAGAUGAGUACGUUUCAAUUUUCCAGCCGAAACCACAGGUUUCUCUGGCAAAAUAUUGUACAUGUAGAAUACAUUGUGCUUGUUCGCGAAAUACUAUGUAUCGAUUAAAUGAACGUGAUGAUGACAUUCACUUCAAAGAAUUUUUAAAGAAGAAUUUUACUGGAAAAACAGUAGCUUGUUUUGAUGGCGGAUCUUUGGUAAGCUUAAUGCUUGCAAAAUAUGCAAAAAUGGUGCAGGUUGUUGAAUUGGAUCCUUCAUUUACCCAAUUAGUUUCAUCUUUUAUUGAUGAAAAUGAUAUCAAAAAUGUUUAUCUUUCUGAUGAUACUUCUGCUUCGCUCAAUCAAGUUGAUGCAAUUUUAUCGGAGCCGUUUGACACUUUUUCUAUUUUGCCGUGGCAUAGUUUGCACUUUUGGUUUGUUAUACACAGGCAUUUACUCUCUUCGAAAGUUGGAGAUGUAUUGCUUUCACCAAAGGAAGGAUUAAUGUGUGCAAUACCAGUGAAAUUUGAAAAUUUAUGGAAAAUAGCUGCUUCAGUUGGUAUUAUUCAAAAUUUUGAUUUGACUCCAUUUGGCGAUUUAACUCAUAAGGCUCGAAGUGCUGUAGACGCUAUGGUUGAACCUCAGCCACUCUGGGAAUACCCAUCUAUCGUCACUGGAAAAGCUGUAGCUGUCGCUCGUCUAGAUUUCAGUAAACGACCUGUUCCAGCCACUUUUAAAGUUGAUAUCACCUCAUCCAUCGUCGGUACAAAUGCUAUUGUUUUAUGGAUGGAUUGGUUGCAUGAUGGGUAUCAACUUAGGACUGGGCUUCUAAAUACCCCAGAAAUUGGCGAACGUCCGAGAUGGUGCAUUCCACAUCAGCAAGGCGUUUACUUUUUCCCGGAAUUGGAAAGAAAAAGAUUAUCUUGUGCUUCAGUAACACUUGAAGCGAAUUUUUGCGAUGAUGGACAGUUUGUAUUCCAUUUUAACCAUAAUGAAAUGGAGAAAGUUUGUUGA